AUGGCUACUCUUGAACGUGGUAUCACGCUCACUCCAGCCAUCCUGUGGACCGUUGGUGCUGGAAUUCUCACCGGCGUUGUUCUGUCCGCCAGAGCGAUAUACGAAGCCGCGUACGCGAAAGGCCUGGAAGAGGGUAGAGCAGAGGAGAGCGCGAAGCAACGCGCAGAAGAAGCGGAAGAGGAAGAGGAAGAGGAAGACGUGGCCGAUUCAGAAGAUGAGGCUAUUCCAGCCAACCCGCAAGAUCUGGACGCGUUCGCCGACCGCAAUGAAGAAUGCAAACUCGUCCUCGUGGUCCGCACUGACCUGAAGAUGGGCCAAGGUAAAGUCGCUGCUCAGUGUGGUCACGCAACCCUUGCCUGCUACAAAGCCAUGCUUCGCUACGCGCCCGAUUCGCCUGUGCUCCGUCGCUGGGAGAGAGCUGGCCAGAUGAAGGUCGCCUUGAAGUGCACCAGCGAAGAGGAUAUGCAGAUGUUGCAGGCGCAGGCAUUGAGCCUCGGCCUCAACGCUCAAAUCAUACACGAUGCUGGUCGCACGCAGAUUGCUGCAGGCAGCGCGACGGUUCUUGGUAUUGGACCAGGCCCGGUUAGCGUCAUCAACCAAGUUACGGGACAGCUGAAGCUGUUGUAA